AUGUUUAACCUAAGCCUAGGCUUCAGGGUCGGUUUAAAGAAAGGAGGAACUGGACGGAGGGACCAUCUAGCAGGCGUAGAGCGGGCAGAAGGGUAUCGGCAGCAGGAUAUGAGUUUCAAGGGAUUUACCAAGGCGAUGGCGAGGGCGCCACAGUCUUUUCGGCAGAAGUUUAACAUGGGGGAGCAGGUGGAGGACCCGGUUUACGAAGAUGCGGAACGUCGAUUCAAGGAGCUGGAGAUCGAGGUGAAGAAGCUGAGUGAAGAGUCGAAGAGAUACUCGAGUGCGGUGAACGGGAUGCUGUCGCACCAGAUCGGAUUUGCUAAGGCGAUGGAAGAAAUCUUCAGGCCGAUCAGUGGCAAGAUGAGCGACCCGAACGCGACGGUGCCUGAGGACAAUCCGGAGGGCAUUGAGGCAAGUGAGCAGUACAGAGCGAUAGUGGCGGAGCUGCAGGAGACUUUGAAGCCCGAUUUGAAGCUGAUCGACGAGAAAAUCAUGGCACCGUGUUCGGACCUGUUGAAGACGAUCGGAUACAUCCGCAAGAUGGCGACGAAGAGAAAUCACAAGAAGCUGGACCUGGACCGGCGCUACAACACGUACAAGAAGUACGAAAAGAAGGAGUCGACCAACCCCAAGGACGAGGAGAAAAUGUUCAAGGCGCAGGCGGAGAUGGAGGUCGCGCAGCAGGAGUACGACUACUACAACGAGAUGCUCAAGAACCAGCUCCCCGUGUUGUUCGGCCUGGAGGCGCAGUUCGUGCAGCCGCUUUUCGUGUCGUUCUAUUUCAUGCAGCUGAACAUCUUCUACACGCUGUACAACAGGUUCCAGGACAUCAAGAUACCUUACUUCGACCUCGACAGCGACAUCCUUGAAGCGUUCCAAUACAAGAGGGGCAACGUCGAGGAGCAGUGCGACGCGCUCACGAUCACGCAUUUCAAAGUGGGCUACUCCAAGGCCAAACUGGAGAUGACGAGGAAGCGCUACGGCUCGCAGUCUCCGACCUCCCCCACAGCCGCGCCAGCUUCCGGGUACCCAGGCAGUCCAACGUCGGCUGCCGCCGCCAGCGGCUACGGCGCCUACGGCGCCCAGCAGCAGCCCGCCCAGCAAUCGCCCGUCACGACAGACUCCUACCAGCACGCGGGCGCACCACCGCCCGCGUACGCCGCCGUCUCCUCCGCGUCCGCCGCCCCGCUGGCCGCAGGGCCGCCGGCCACAUCCGCAGACACCGUCACCGCCCUCUACGACUACCAAGCCCAGGCUGCCGGCGACCUUUCCUUCCCAGCGGGCGCCGUCAUCGAGGUCGUCCAGCGCACAGCGGACUCGAACGGGUGGUGGACCGGCAGAUACAACGGUCAGCAAGGCCUCUUCCCGGGGAACUACGUCCAAGUCAACAAGAACUGA